CUGUCGCUAGCGCCCAUGAUGGAAUACACGGAUCGGCAUUUCCGUCACUUGGUACGGCUCGUUUCCAACCGCACGCUGCUCUAUACGGAAAUGGUCGCCGCAAACGCUUUGGCAAACGAACGGAAAAACCGGUACCUCGCGCAGGGUCGAGUCAUGCCGGAAGGCCCGUCGGUCCUGCAAUUGGGUGGCUCCGAUCCGGAACAAAUGUUUCAAGCUGCGCAGACCGUGUUGGACAUGACGGCACGCGGACACUGCGAUUACACCGCCAUUAAUCUCAAUUGCGGAUGUCCCAGUCCUAAAGUGGCCGGCAAAGGAUGUUUCGGCGCGGCACUCAUGGACGAACCUCAACUGGUGGCGGAACUGACCAAAGCCUUGCACGAAGGUACCGAAGGCCGUUUGCCCGUCACCGUCAAGUGUCGAAUCGGUACCGAUUCGGAUCAAGCCUUCACCAGACAGGCCUACGCCGCCAUCGACCCCGAACAAGAGUAUUCCAAGCUGCGCAGUUUUAUUGAAACGGUGGCAUCCGACGGGAUCGUGACGGACUUUUCCGUACACGCGCGCAUUGCGGUAUUGCAAAAGUCGUUCUCGCCGUCGGACAAUCGUAAAAUCCCACCACUCAAGUACGACAUCGUUCGUCGACUCGUACAAGAAUAUCCCGACUUCACGUUCUCCUUAAAUGGCGGUGUCGAAAGCAUUUCGCAAGCACAAGCGGAAUUUGCCACGUCGCCUGGUCUCAAAGGAGUCAUGAUUGGACGAUCAUGGGCUGCGGACCCGUGGAGUUUCGCCAUGGCAGACCGGUUGCUGUACAAGGAUGAAAAUGCACCACGGAACCGUCUCGAAAUUUUGCAAGCCUUUGGUCGGCACGCCGAUAGAGAAGAAGAAUUGGGCGAUCCCGUAAAGAUUCGACGGUUCAUCGUGAAAGCCGUCACUCCUCUGUUUACCGGUGAAAUAAAUGCGAAACGGUACCGUAUUGCGCUGAAUGAGAUUGCC